AUGGCAUCAAAUUGUCAAAGUCAAGAUUCGCUAGACACACUCCCAGAUACCAGCACGGAGGAUAUUAUUGUUCUAAAAAAGCGAAAGGUCUGCCUCAACCACGAGAUUGAGCAUGCAUGGAAUGCAUGGAGGCCUUCUGGCCAGUUUGACUCUGUAGACUGGUCCAAAGCCACAGAAAUAGAGAACUUCGCCAUCCAGCAAGCUGUCACAGAGGGCCAAAUCAUCUCACGAGGAAGUUACUCCGCUAAGGCCCUACUGGAGAGCAUAAAUACUCAGAAACAGGCCCAAAAAAUUUAUUGUGACCGGGUAUCGCAUCUUGGGGAAAAACAGCCAGCAAGAACACUAAAAGCCGUUUUCAUAAGGCUAUUUACCACCUCUAGAAUGGGCAUCAACAUCAACUGGACUGGGGCCGGAAAAAGGAAAAGGGCUGAGCAGUCUAACUGGCGAGCUGAAUUAAUCAAGGCUUACAAUGCGAAACACCCUAUUGAAGACCAGCUGUGGUGUCCAGUUGCCCAUAUAUAUGAAUCAAAGGAUAUUGUUAUCGCUGCGCAUCUAUUUGUAUGCAUGCAUGGACAAGGCACCAUGGAUGCAAUAUUUGGCAAGGGUGGUGAUAUUUUUGAACCUUGGAACCCCAGAAUGGCAUCUUGGUCAGCAAGGAAUUUGAACGGUAUUUUGAUGCGGGAAAGCUGGCUAUUGUCCCUGAUAUUGGAAAUGGCCCAGAGAGUUCAAGAUCAAAAUCCUGGACUGGAAGUGGGAUCAGUUGGAUCUUCAAGUUGGGGACCAUUUAAAUCUCCGUUUCAAGGACCUACACAACAGACCAGUGGUAUUCAAGUCCAGAUUCCACCUACGGGCCCGAUACCUGAUCCGACGUCAGCUUUUCCUACAAGUAGUAAGCGCCCACAAAUCCUCCCACAAAUGCAAGGCUUCCAAGGUUGA